GUUGAGUCCACGGACCCUCCGUCCACAACGCAUGUUCUAUUCCGACCUGUUUGCGCUAUCUCCAUAGUUCGCAUCGCAUCGUAUCGCUUAGAAUGCUGCGCGCUAAAGAUAUUGAUUGCAUCAUUUGCUUCGAUAGCCCGAGAUUGGGUCAACACGGAACUGUCCGAUGGACGACCAAGUGUCAUGUCGGAUGGGAUUCCAAUCUCCGUCCUUUACCCCUUUCCCACUUCUCUGCGAUGUUGUAUCUUAAAGACGCCCUGUCUAGCGUGACUUGCUACUAUUCAUAUCUCUUCUAAAGUUAUCUACCUACCUAGUACCCAAGCCAUGUCGUCCAAGUCAGAUUCGGAUUUGGAGAAGGCAUCCGGUCCCGUCGUAGUGAACGACAUUCCAGUGGCAGACAACGUCGUUGACUGGGAUGAGAAUGAUCCUGCUAAUCCCCAUAACUGGGCGAGCGGGAAGAAAUGGCGACAUAUUAUUCUAGUGUCCUUACUGGCCUUAGUAACGAAUAUGGGUCCAACCACUUGUGCAGCUGGAAUCAGCCAAAUCGUCCAAGAGUUUGGUAUUAUGUCAGAUACCCUAACCACUUUAGCCAUCACCAUCUACGUUCUAGGUCUAGCACUGGGACCUAUGUUCAUCUCGCCACUUAGUGAGGUGUACGGUCGCUUGCCCGUCUACCAUGGGGCCGUCAUCGUGUUCCUAGCUUUUCUCCUUGGCACCGCUCUCAGCCAGACAACAGCACAGUUCAUGGUAUUCCGGUUCUUCUCCGGGGCGAUGGGUGGAGUUCCUAUGGCUCUUGGUGGUGGUACGAUCGCCGAUCUUACUGCGCCUGCGGAGAGGGCCAUGGCCAUGGCCUUAUUCAGCUUGGGACCUCUUACAGGGCCUGUUCUUGGUCCCUUGCUUGGCGGCUUUAUUGCUGGUGGCGCGGGUUGGCGAUGGACGUUUUGGUUUCUUGUCAUCCUCGGCGGUGCCAUUGAAAUCGCCUGCAUUGUCUUCAUGCGUGAAACUCAUCCAAAGAUCACACUCGAGCGCAAGGUCGCCCGCCUCAGACUUUCGACAGGCAACCCGAAGUUAGAGUCCAAACUUACCCGGACCAAUGUCACGCCUCAGCAGGUGCUCGUCCAGGCGCUCGUGCGUCCUACCAUGCUUUUGAUCCACUCUCCUAUCCUACUUGUCAUCUCUCUAUACGUCGCGGUAGUAUUUGGCACUUUGUAUUUGUUGUUUACUACAUUCGUUCCUGUAUUUGAGGGUCAAUAUGGAUUCACCACAACAGUCUCUGGUUUGACUUACCUCGGUCUUGGCAUCGCCUUACUCGCAGCUAUGGCUACGUUCACUCUACUGAGUAACCGCAUUCAAGCCGCACGGAUGAAGAAAGAGGGCCUCCAGCAACCCCGACCAGAGUAUCGACUGCUCCUUAUGAUUGCAUUUAGCCCUCUCGUCGGUCUAGGCUUAUUUUUAUACGGAUGGACAACGGAAUACAAGGUUCACUGGAUCGUACCUAUCAUCGGCACUUUCAUCACUGGCUUUGGCGCCUAUUUCGUACUUAUGCCUGCACAGUUGUACCUUAUUGACCUGUUCGGGUCAGCGGGAGCUGCGUCGGCUCUAGGUGCGAAUAAUCUUUUACGUAGUGUGGCAAGCACAUUCUUACCAUUAGCUGGUCCUCCAAUGUACGAUAGGCUUGGGUAUGGAUGGGGCAACACUCUCUUGGGUUUCCUCGCGCUCGCUUUCGUCCCGGGUCCAAUCUUGUUCUACAAGUUCGGAGAGAGGCUUCGGGCAAAGACUCAGGUCAAAAUGUAGUCCAAUAGAGACAUUGAGCACGUGAAAUGACGUGAUAACAGGUAACCAUUGGAUACUUAUACUAUUAGAGAUAAUGGGGUAGCAUGAGCAAGGAUAUCAGGGGAGUAGAUACCUACUAGAUACGAAGGUUCGGGUCAAAAGUUUGGCACAUUGGCUCAAGGGAAAAACAGUGUGAUCUCAAAGGUUUUCGUACGGUGUGGCGCUUCUUUUCAGUGGCUUAACCCCUAAAACCUAGUGGAUGCCCGCUAUAUCUUAGUGAAUUUAUAGGCGGACAGAUCACUAUUAGGUCUAAGUCUUAGCCUAGACCAAAUACAGUAUCCAGGGAUUGCUUAUCUAAUCGCGCACUGGGCAAG